AUGGUUAAAGUCGUAGUUAAGAAAGGAGAUCAAGCUUUCUUUAUUGUUGACCGCCCAUCGUACACUCCUGUCAGUGAUUUGAUAAAUGAUAUUUGCGAAAUAUAUGAUGGUAUCCUCAAGAUUCAUCGGAUUUGCGGCGAGGUGGAAGAGUUGUCAAAACAUGGUGUUACCUUGCCGCCAAAUAUGCAAGGUCUUACAGAUGAGCAAGUUUCCGAUUUAAAACUCGAGGAUGAGUGGGGUAAAAAAUGCACUCCAAGUGGUGGAUACGUUGAAUGUAAGGAUGAAAUAGGUAGAAGGAAUGGAAUGGCACCUACAGAGAAAAUGUCUGAAAUACUUAAAAGAGCUGUCGAUGAAUCAAAACAGUUGAUCUCUCGAGAUUUGGUCAAGAAAAAUAUUAGUAUCGAAAAGGCUGUUGUUCGAGAAUCUUUGAUGAUGCUAAGUGGUGCGGUAACCAUUGUUUACCCUAUGGGGCUUCCUCCAUAUGAACCUAUAAAAUUGGAGCUAGAUAAUGAGGAAGAUUUGUCAGGAACACAAGCUGCUCAAGAUGUAAUUAUGGCAGAAGAUGCUACUCUAUGGUUUUCUGGUAAAGAAUUGCAACGUGACAAACUUCUUUCUGACUAUGUUGGAUCCAAUGAUAAAACUAAAGUUAUAAUAAAACUAUCUAAACGUGGGUCUGGCGCACCAGCUCGCGAACCUAUUGUCAAUGAAGAGCAACAACGUAUCAUGAUGGCGUAUUAUUAUAAAAAGCAGGAAGAAUGGAAGAGGUUAGAUGAAGAUGAUGAGGAUGCUUAUCUGAAUUCGUCAUGGGCGGAACCUAAUCAGUUGAAACGUCAGUUUCAUGGAUUAACUAACAUAAAGUGGGGUCCAAGAUGA